AUGGAGUGCAAAGAGCCAGUGACACUUAAGUGGCCAAGUAGUUUACAAGCAGUCAUUAAGGAAUCAUCACUAAUAGGGUAUUAUUCUUCCCAUGGGCAAUCACAUGAGCAAGUACAGGAGGACCAUGAGGCUGCUUCAUUCACCCAGACUCCAAUUGUGUGUAUAUCAUUUGUGGAUCCAAAUCCUCCAUUACCUCUAACUGUUAAUAAGAUCCUCACCCAACUUUCCCUUGGAACAUCCAUGAAGAUGCAGACAAGGUUGAAAGUGUACAUCACUGCUCAAAUACCAGGAAUGGAAGCCAGCUUGGUGUCAGAGCUGGGAAAGAUUUCCACCCACAGGCCUUUCAAGCUCAACUGA